GCUCCUCCUCCAGCACCGGGCCCGCGGGUACCUUGGCCUCGGAGUGCAGAAGGCGCCCGGACUGGGAGAGCUGGGCCAACGGGCUGGGCACAUCCCCGCGGCCCGGGGCGCGGAGUUCAUCAGCCGGCUCAAAGGGUCUCCAACCCUCCUUCCUGUGAUAUGGCCCUGACUGUGGAUGUGGCGGGGCCCGGGCCCUGGGGCUUCCGGAUCACUGGGGGCAGGGAUUUCCACACACCCAUCAUGGUGACCAAGGUAACUGAGAGGGGCAAGGCUGAGGCUGCUGACCUCCGGCCCGGUGACAUUAUCCUGGCCAUCAACGGGGAGAGUGCUGAGGGUAUGCUUCACGCGGAGGCGCAAAGCAAGAUCCGCCAGAGCCCCUCACCCCUGCGGCUGCGGCUAGACCGGUCGCGGGCUGCUUCCCCUGGGCAGACCAAUGGGGAUGGCUCUGUGGAAGUGCUGGCGACUCGCUUCCAGGGCUCCAUGAGGACGCACACAGACAGCCAGUCCUCCCUGAGGUCUUCCUGCUCCAGCCCUGUGUCCUCCAGCCCCCAGCCAGGCAGCCCCUUCUCUACCCUGCCCCUCAGCAGCCCGCACGCCCUCCCUGGAGAGGUUAUGGUCAGCCGCAGUUUUCAGAGCCUGGCACACUCCCCGGGACCCACCGCUGCUGACCGCUUCUCCUACGGAGGCCGCCCCGGAAACCGCCAGGCCAGCCUCACCCGAGCUGGCGACUCAGCUGUGCUGGUGCUGCCGCCUUCCCCCGGUCCCCGUUCCUCCAGCCCCAGGCUCAGUGUGGACUCAGAAGGGGGAAGCCGCCUUCUGGAAGAGGACUCAGAAGUCUAUAAGAUGCUGCAGGAGAAUCGUGAGGCGCGGCUCGCCCCCCGGCAGUCCAGCUCCUUUAGGCUCUUGCAGGAAGCCCUGGAGGCUGAGGAGAGAGGUGGCACACCUGCCUUCCUGCCCAGUCAGCUGAGCCCCCAGUCCUCCCUGCCCACCUCCAGGGCGCUGGCCACCCCACCCAAGCUCCACACGUGCGAGAAGUGCAGCACCAGCAUCGUGAACCACGCUGUCCGCAUCCAGGAGGGGCGCUACCGCCACCCCAGCUGUUACACCUGCGCAGACUGCGGGCUGAACCUGAAGAUGCGCGGGCACUUCUGGGUGGGGGACGAGCUGUACUGUGAGAAGCACGCCCGCCAGCGCUACUCCUCACCUACCACCCUCAGCUCCUAGACCUGAGCGCCUGGCUGUGCUCUCAGGCCGCCCUCAACUUUGUGGGCACCUCUGUGCCUGGGCCAUACCAACAGCAGGUUGGCAUGGAAGGGCGGUUGGUGGGUGGUGGGCGGGCCCCUUCCUCCAUGCUAGGUGCGGCUAGGUCCUGGGGCCUAUCCUGGGCUGUGCAUGACAGCCUCACUGUCCCAGGCCUGUGCUAGAAACUCUCACUUCCCCCUGCAGGACAGGCUGUGCACCAACCGCUGAGGUGGGCACCGCACUGGAUAUCCUUGUGCAACAGGGGUUAAGCAGGUUGGGACACAGAGAGAAGUACGUAGAAAGAGAUGGGUGGUCAGAGGCGAAAGGUAUUCAUUCUGUAAAGUUCUCAACAUAUGAACUCUAUAAAUAUAUAUACAUGGACAAAACAAA